AUGGUGGUAUGUUAUGGAUUCACUCAGGCUCAAUCGAACCAUACUCACUUCUUCCAGCAUUCCUCUAACGACCAAUUAGCUAUCCUUAUCGUUUAUAUUGACGAUGUUAUUCUCAGAGGUAAUAAUCUACCAGCAUUGGAGUCCUUAAAAGGCAUUCUUGAUGAUUCCUUUGAAAUGAAGGACUUGGGAUCUCUUUGGUACUUUUUAGACAUUGAAGUUGUUUGGUCAUCUCAGGGUAUUUGUCUGUCUCAACGGGAAUAUGUGAUUGAUCCUUUGACAGAGAACAAUCUUCUUCUAUGCAAACCAACAGUUGUCCUGAUGGAUCAAAAUGAAAAACUUCUUGAUGUUCCUAAUGUUCGUAUAAACAAAACUCACUAUCAGCGUCUUGUGAGAAAACUUAUCUACCUUGCCCAUACAAGCCCAAACAUAUGUCACACGAUUAGAAUAGUGAAUUCAUGCAUGAUUCCUAUGAGCACCAUUUCCAAGUUGUCCACCGGAUUUUCCACAAUUUAA